CGUAAGCGCCGGGACCCUCGCUUCCGGCCUCGGCGGCCCUAGCGCCGCGCAACGGGGUGGAUCGUCUAGGUUUGAGCGGUAUGCGGUGCUGAGGAGCCGCUGGCUCUACGACGCCGUCAUGAACCUCCUGCCGUGUAACCCCCACGGCAACGGGCUGCUGUAUGCCGGCUUCAACCAGGACCACGGGUGUUUUGCGUGUGGAAUGGAAAACGGCUUCCGAGUCUAUAACACCGAUCCACUCAAAGAAAAAGAGAAACAAGAAUUUUUAGAAGGAGGAGUUGGCCACGUGGAAAUGUUAUUUCGCUGUAACUACUUAGCUUUAGUUGGUGGUGGAAAAAAGCCGAAAUACCCUCCCAACAAAGUGAUGAUCUGGGAUGAUCUGAAGAAGAAGACAGUCAUCGAGAUAGAGUUCUCCACAGAGGUCAAGGCGGUCAAGUUGCGGAGAGAUAGAAUUGUGGUGGUUUUGGACUCCAUGAUUAAGGUGUUCACUUUCACACACAAUCCCCAUCAGUUGCACGUCUUUGAAACCUGCUACAACCCUAAAGGCCUCUGUGUCCUGUGUCCCAACAGUAACAACUCCCUUCUUGCCUUCCCCGGCACCCACACUGGCCACGUGCAGCUUGUGGACCUGGCCAGCACUGAGAAACCACCAGUGGACAUCCCUGCACAUGAGGGUGCCCUGAGCUGCAUUGCUCUCAACCUUCAGGGAACGAGGAUUGCAACUGCAUCUGAAAAAGGGACCCUUAUAAGAAUAUUUGAUACUUCAUCAGGGCAUUUGAUCCAGGAGCUAAGAAGAGGGUCUCAAGCAGCUAAUAUCUAUUGCAUCAACUUCAAUCAGGACGCUUCUCUCAUCUGUGUGUCCAGCGAUCAUGGCACUGUGCACAUUUUUGCAGCUGAGGAUCCAAAAAGGAAUAAACAGUCUAGUUUGGCAUCAGCCAGUUUCCUCCCAAAAUACUUCAGCUCCAAGUGGAGUUUUUCCAAGUUUCAGGUUCCUUCAGGCUCUCCGUGCAUCUGUGCCUUUGGAACAGAGCCCAACGCAGUCAUUGCUAUCUGUGCGGAUGGCAGCUACUACAAGUUCCUCUUCAGUCCCAAGGGCGAGUGUGCCCGAGAUGUGUGUGCACAGUUCCUGGAGAUGACCGAUGACAAGCUGUGACUGUGCCUGUGAGUGCAGCUGAUGCCUCCGCCACCCAGCGCCCUGUGGAUUCCUGGGGCUGGUGCCAGUGCCCCAGGCCUCUGGGGAGGGCUCAAGGACUCCCUUGAGGACCUUGGUCUCGAAGCCAUACGUGGUUGUCUGCCUUCCUGAACAAGGCUUCUCAUUCGCAUAGUAAAAGGGAUCAUCGUAUUGGCUCUGCGGACACCGUGGCUCUGGGCAUCUUGUGCCACUGCUGGCCACUACCCUUUAAUUCAACUGUGAUGUUAGCAUUAGUGGUACCACCAUACCUUCAUGCCAGUAGGCUCCCUGCAAUCCCUGGGGACUAUCCAAGCAGGAAUCAUUGGAAGCUUGU